AUGAGUAAAGAACAGAUGAAGGAGAUGCAGUGCGAUGUACAUGGUGUUCAGAGAUUUAACAAACACAGUUUUGGUAACCAUGGCAACCACAAACAUGAUAAAGAGAAAAGUCAAGAAGUAAAUAAAGAUGAGAUUUUUGUGCCAAUGACUGUAAAUGGCAGUGCGGAAAUAAACAUGAAGCUUGAUUCAGGUGCCCAAGUGAAUGUCUCAUCAGAUGAUGAGUUUCACAUAGUUCGUAGCAGAGCAGGUCCGCUGCGUCCAACUCAGACCAGACUUUUUGGUUAUGGUGGUGUUCCACUGAGGAUCUUAGGACUGACAACAUUACAAUGUCAAUACAAGGAAGUGUCGAAGAGCUUUGAUUUCAUCGUGGUGGAUCAUGACGAUGUACACUCACCUCCAGUAUUGGGACUCAAAGCUUGUAGAGAGAUGGGCUUGAUACAGGUUGUGUUGACAAUCACAAACUCUCCAGAUUGUGAAUCAGCUUCAAGGGAGAUUCUUAAAGAAUUCAAGGAUGUAUUCCAAGGGAUUGGAUGUAUCGAAGAUGAAUAUUGCAUAAAGAUUGAGGAAAAUGCAGUACCAGUUGUACAUGCUGUACGAAGGGGUCCUUUAGCUUUGGAUAAAAACAUUCACAAAGAAUUACAAAGAAUGGAGGAUUUAGGGGUGAUAUGUAAGGUAGAUGAACCAACCAGUUGGUACUUUGACCCAAAGACGUCAGUGACUCUUGAGACGGACGCAUCACAGAAUGGUGUAGGGGCAGUCAGAUUUCAGGAUAAGGGACCAGUUGCUUUCGCGUCGAAGGCAAUGACUAACUCGCAGAGGAACUAUGCCCAAAUAGAAAAGGAGAUGCUUGCCGUUCUAUUUGGUUAUGAAAAAUUUCACUACUAUCUGUUUGGGAGAAAUUUCAAAGUCAGAACCGAUCAUAAACCACUAGAAGUUGUUUUCAAGAAGCCAUUACAUGCUAUUCCCGUGAGACUUCAACGUUCCAGAAUGAGACUUCAGAUCUAUGAUGCAGAUGUAGAGUUCACACCUGGGAAGGAUGUUCCUGUAGCAGACAUGCUGUCUCGGCAUUUCAUAGAGUCUUCGUCAAACAAAGAUGACCUGUCUCUUGAUGAAGAUAUCCAGUCAUAUGUGCACAUGGUGACAAGCAACUUACCAGUAUCUGACAAGAAGAUGAAAGAGAUCAGAAAGGAAAGUAGUGAGGAUAGUCAACAUUUGAUGCUUAUGAAGAUAAUCAUGAACGGAUGGCCUCAGAAUUUGCAUGAUUGUCCAAGCAGUAUCAAGGAAUUUUGGACUUUCCGUGAUGAAUUGACAGUUAUAGAUGGAAUUGUCUACAAGGGUGACAAAAUUGUUAUUCCUAUUUCCAUGAGAAAGGAGAUGUUAGAGAGGAUACAUACAGGCCAUAUGGGAAUUGUCAAGUGCAAAGAAAGAGCUCGUGAUGACAUAUUCUGGCCGCGUAUGACAGCUGACAUUGAGAGAACUGUUGAUAAUUGUGGCACUUGUCAGCAGAACAGGAUGAAACAGUGCAAGGAACCGAUGACACCCAGUGAAGUUCCUAAGUUACCAUAG